GUGUUUCAGGGACCUGCAGCCCACAUCCCUCUUGAUCCGGCUUUCUCGGACCUGAUUUCACUACGUGCAGUCAAGCUAUCGCAGAAUAUCCAUGCAGAUGUUAAAACUCAUCCCAUGGACGGUACACCGUCACUUUCCGAGAACAAGAUUGCUUCUGUCUUCGAGGGAGGAAGCCCGAUUUUCUCGUACACGGCAGAACGAUUUACGAAGACCUAUCCAAAGGGAUUGCGACAGGAUUCAUCGAACAUGCAUCCGAUGAUCUCAUGGAUAUGUGGUGUGCAAAGUGUUGCGAUGAACAUGCAAACGGCUGGAGAAGAGCUUGACCUCAACACAGGUUUGUUCCGAGUAAACGGCAAUUGUGGCUACGUGCUGAAACCUGAGAUGCUGUUAAAAGGAAUCGAUCCUCGAAGUGUCUUCAAACCAAAAGUAAAACUUGGGAUCGGAAUCAUCAGUGCCCAGUACCUACCCAAGUUUGCUCCUGGAAAGGAUAUUGUCGAUCCCUAUGUAACUGUUCAAAUAUUCGGAGCACCAAGAGAUGAGCUGAAGUGGAAAACAUCGGUCAUAAGGAAUAAUGGGUUCAAUCCUGUUUGGAACCAGUCUUUCGACAAGGAACUCUAUUGCCCUGAAAUAGCCAUGUUGCGCUUUUGUGUCAAGGAUUUUGACACCACUUCAAGUAAUGAUUUCAUUGGAGAAUUCUCUAUACCGCUGUCAAGUGUGCGAAGAGGUGAGUUUUUUUUUUCAAUUAGGAAACGACUUACGCAAGGUAGUGUUUUGGAGGUGUCAGUUCACGUGCAGUGA